AUGCAGGAUAUAUUCCUCAUCAUCAAGUUUAACAUUGCUCCUGUCGACAGGGACACCGAGAACCCAAUGACUAGACCCAAGCUUGUCAAGCCGAAAUCCAAACCUACUGGCUCCGGUCCCAACAAGCCCGAAAUUUCCCUUCGCGAUCAAGACUCUGAAGGCCUUCUGACUAGACCCAAGCCCAUCAAGCCAAAGCCCAAACCUACUGGUUCCGGGCCCAACAAGCCGAAAAUUGCCUUUAACGAUCCAGACUCUCGGAAGGGACCUAAUUGUCCCGCCCAGCCUCAGCCCAAGCCGACUCCGCAGCCCAUCAAGCUCGACGAUCUGAAUCAAUGGCAACCUGCCCUUGGUGUAGCCAUGAUAGAGGUUCAGUGA